AUGAAGGACUCACUGUACGAUCGGCUCUGGCGCCGAGAAUGCGGGGAGCUAUCCUCGACUGCCGGGCUCCGAGGGAUUUACGGCUCCAAGGAAUGGAUCAACGACUUAGACAUCGUGAAUGAGCUUGGCGGACACACGGGAUGUGUGAACGCUCUCAGUUGGUCCCGUUCAGGGCGUCUCUUAGCGUCAGGCUCGGAUGACCAACACCUGAACAUAUACUCAUAUCAACCCGAAUCCUCAAAUGCUCCCUUUUCGCUCAACGCCACUGUAGCCACGGGCCACAAGGCCAACAUCUUCUCCGUCAAGUUCAUGCCACAUUCCAACGAUCGCACCUUGAUCACAUGCGCCGGUGACUCUCAGGUGCGUGUUUUCGACAUCGAACUCUCUAGUGGCAACAGCAACAACAACGUCAAUGCGAACGCGACAUCGGCGUUUGCGGCUUCGGCCCGGAGCCGACGCUUCAAUAACUUCUUUGAAGGAACGCGUUAUCUGAGUGAAGGCAACACAAAUGCUAGAGUUUACCGGAGCCAUGCCGAUCGCGUGAAGCGUAUUGUCACCGAGUCAUCACCGUACCUCUUCCUGACUUGCUCUGAAGACGGCGAGGUUCGACAGUGGGACCUGCGCCAGCCGUCUUCUGCGUACCCUUCGCCCCGAGGCGGCCAGGGGUUCAUGGCCUACCGUCCAGGCUUGGAGCAUGAUGAUUCCAAUGUCCCCCCACCGCUUAUAUCCUACAAAAAGUUCCGUCUUGACCUGAACACGAUCUCAUGUUCACCUACUCAACCACACUACAUCGCCCUGGGCGGUGCCCAUAUGCACUGCUUUUUGCAUGACCGGCGCAUGCUGGGGCGAGACACCUCCUCAGAACAAGGCACGCCUGACGUAGCGACCCCGAGCGUCGGCAGUGUUGAUGAUGAAUUGAUGGGCAAGGCGACUCGAUGUGUGCGUCGUUUUGCACCCAGAGGCAAACGUCGUGUGCGGCGCCUCGAUGAUGGGCACAUCACCGCAUGCAAGAUCAGUGACGCAAAUCCAGAUGAAAUGGUGGUCAGCUGGUCUGGAGACCACAUCUACAGCUUCGACCUGAUCCGCAGUCCAGAUGCUCGUGAUAGUUCAUCCGAAGGGAGUUCGAAGUCAAAGACCACCGGCACAGGCCGCAAGAAUGGUUCACGAAGCGGGAAACGCAAGCGCCCGAAGCCCUCGUCAAUGUCAUCGCAGGAGAGUGCCACCCGGCAUCAUUCUCGUCGUCGAUCAGCAGACCCUGAUACGCUGCGUGUGCAAUAUGAAAAUGGAGAAUCUUCGGAUAUUCCGUUCCCUGAAAUCUCAGAGGGAGCUGAGACAUCAGAGGGCAUACUCGAGCGUGCUAGAUACUCAGUGCUGAACGAUGCUCAGCGCUUGAGUAUGGAAAUUGCAAAGGGGCUUGUGAAGCUUCGACAAGCAUUAUUCUCGCUGAAAGUGACUGCCCGAGAGGCUGCAGAGUCGGAGCAGUCGGAUCUUACGCCAUAUUCCGAGUCUUUCGAAUCUGCGUUGGACCUAGCAACAACCUACCUGCCCCAGAUGGAAAGAGUCAUGCGCGAAUGGGCAUACCCGAUGAAUCCAUCUCAGGGUACCGUUGGUCUUGAGCGAUCCCUUCGCGAACACCGGCAGGCAUCGUGGAGAUUCGUGCAAGCUGCUGGGACUCUUGCGCGGGUCUUGUUGCACACUACUGGUGAUUCAGAGACCCCGGUGGACUUCUCGCAGAUUUCUCCUGCGCCAAAUGAGGAUGGCACCAUUGAUCGGGAGGCACAGUUUGGAUACGACUUCCUCAAGGCGAUUUUCCUAUGGCUGCGGGGAGGCCGACAAGAACUUCUACGAGGCUUCAAGAGAGGCGUCUACUCUCCCAGAGUGAAUGGAAGAUUUCCCCUGGACGCGGAUGCCGAUGAGGAUGCGAUUGACAGUACGCUUCUACCUUAUCUUCAGGACUUGGCGGGUGAAAGCCCUGUUGUCAACGUGGAUGCCUCGCGCUUUGAAUAUGACUCUGCACGAAUCGUGUUCCAGACCCAAAAAGCUGCCGUGGUUGCUUUUGGUAAUGCAGUGAAAUUGCCUUUGGAGAACCUCGGAACCACAGCUGCUCGCAUUGACAGACGUCGUGUGUCCAAUCCCUCUUCGCAGGUUCGAUCUCUUGACCGAGCCUCUGCAACUAGAUUCUGGAUCCUACGUGUAAGUCGAGGUAUUUUGUUGCAGGCUGGCAAUGGUGUCAACUAUUCGUUUGUCAACCGUGCUUUUGGUGGACUUCAUACAUCUGCUGUGGAAGACAGCAGUGAUAUUGAGGUGGAAAGGUCUCAGGAUGAUGCUGAGGCCAACGAAGAGGAACAGGCAAUUCGUACCAUCAAUCUUGUGAGAUCUGGUGGUUCUGCCCGAGCGGCAGCAAACGAAACAGCGACAUCCUCGGACGACAACAACGGCGAAUCCUCCGACGAUGAAGAUCUUGAACGGCUGCCUGUGACCCAUGAAAGUGACAGCGAUGACGAGGACGAGGAUGAAGGCUCGGAUAGCGAUGGCGAGAGCGAUGUUCAGGAGGAGGAUGGCUGGCACAUGGAUUUGGUUGGCUCGGAUGAGGAGGAAUCAGAGUCCGACGAGCCUCUCUAUCUACGGGGUGCAAGUCGCAAGUCACGACGAGGGCACGUUGAACUUGACACGCCAUGCUCCGCACACACACGGGUGUAUCGGGGUCAUUGCAAUAUCAAAACUGUCAAGGAUGUCAAUUUCUUCGGCUUGAAUGACGAGUAUGUGGUUAGUGGUAGUGAUUCGGGCCAUGUGUUCAUUUGGAACCGCGAAACUGCCGAACUGCUCAAUAUUCUGGAGGGUGACAGUGAGGUUGUCAAUGUCGUUCAAGGCCACCCCUAUGAACCGACGCUUGCAGUGUCGGGCAUCGAUAAUACCAUCAAGGUCUUCUCUCCCGACCGACAUGCCCAGGAACAGGCUCGCCGGGGCCGUAACAUUCUCGACCCGGAUAGCCCAGUCAAUGUCCUCGGGACUACCGCGCACAAUCUCGGUGGUCUCCAAAGCCGCAAGCGUCUGUCAGAUAGCUAUCGCAUCAUGAGUCAGAAUGAUGUUGACCGGCGUGGCGGUAUGAGCGAGGCAUACAUUACGAGAAGUAUGCUCGCUCGCCUUGCUGCGACCCUUCGAGGUCGUCAAGGAGGUGCCGGUGGCGCUGGCGGCCUCGGUGCUGUCCCCGGCGAAGGUGCCAGCGUCGUCCUUGACGAUAACUGUGUGGUUUGUGCUCUUCGUACAUACCUCUAA